AUGCCGGAGAAAAAGCUCCCUUUGAUGAAUCUCACGGCCACAUUCCUCAUGACCGUCGUGUUCCUCGUAUCUACGAUUGUAAUCAAUGCCGCAGAUUCUUCAGUCGAAAAGCUCAACGAGGAUCCCAUCAAGUGCACACCUUGUCUCAAAAAUCCGCCGCCUCCUCCUUCUUGUCACUCUCCUCCUCCUCCGCCGUCUCCGCCACCGCCGCCAAAAAAUUCCAACUGCCCUCCAUCGCCGAAGGAGUCUUACUUCCCACCGCCGCCACCUCCGACUACUUACGUGUACGCGAUUCCCCCGGGAGACUUGUACCCCGUUGACCAUGACUAUGGAGCCGCGGCUGCUGGAGAACGCUUCACCACCGUGAAGCUGAUUGCGCUUGGAGUUAUCUGUUUCAUGAUUCUUUGAAUAUGAUUCGUGAUCGAAGCCAAGACU